GGGCGGGGAGCAGCGUGGGCGGGGAGCAGCGUGGGCGGGGAGGGCAGGCCAGACAGAGUGGGCGCGGUUGGCGGAGACGGGAGCUUCGAAGUUCAACCCACCCAACGAAGCAAAGCCUCCGCGCUGUUAGCUCUUGUGGAGCCACUUCGCCAAGCGGGUCCCCCAGACCCAGGACGCCACCACAACGGGCAGCGCGUUCUCAAAGUCAUGAAUCCUGUUUAUAGUCCUAGUUCAUCUGGAGUUCCCUAUACGAAUGUCAAAGGAAUUGGUUAUCCAGCUGGUUUCCCCAUGAGCUAUGCAGCAGCAGCUCCUGCCUACUCCUCCAACAUGUACCCUGGAGCAAAUCCUACCAUCCAAACAGGUUGGUGGACAAAUGGUGAUGAUGUAGGUCCGACCAUCUCUGGUUUGGUCCUAAGCAUCCUUCAGCAACACGCAGCUUCUGUCUGCUGGAAUGGUUACACUCCUGGCACACCUUACAAAGUGUCCUGUUCCCCCACCAGUGGGGCAGUACCACCAUAUUCCUCCUCCCCCAACUCAUACCAGACUGCUAUAUACCCUGUGCGAAGUGUCUACCCCCAGCAAAGCCCAUAUGCACAGCAAGGUACAUUCUACACACAGCACCUGUAUGCAGCACCCCCUCACGUCAUCCACCACACCACAGUGGUGCAGCCCAACGGUAUGCCGACGACAGUGUACACUGCUCCCAUCAUUCCUCCGAGAGGCAACGGGGUCACCAUGGGUAUGGUGGCUGGGACCACUAUGGCCAUGUCAGCAGGUACCCUGCUGACUGCCCACUCCCCAACUCCUGUCGCCCCCCAUCCAAUCACUGUGCCCACGUAUCGGGGUCCAGGAAUGCCCACCUACAGCUAUGUGCCCCCUCAGUGGUGAUCACCUGCAAAUGUUUGAGGAUGGAGCUGUACAGUCACAUCCUGGAUAUUCUACAGCUGGUACUGCAGGCCUCAUGCCUCAACCAGGACUUUCUUCUUAAUUCUUUCUACAAUUAGCUAAAUACUACUACUGCCCAUCCUUGCAGAUCUCAGCAUCAUUAAUCUCCAACUAACUAUGGGUUGGUCUUAAAGCAAUUCCUGUUUUAGGGCUGUCUGGCAAUUUUUUUUUUAGCUAACUGUAAUGAUGAAAAGGGAGUAUUAAUGUAUUCUGAAAUUAUAUCUAGUUGAAUGCAUGUUUAAAAAGCAAACACACAAACACAAAAAAAAACACCUUGCUCAGACUACCUGCAGUGACUGAUGCAAAGCCAUUAUAUGCAAAAUCCAAGGGAAUGGAAAGUAUUUUAUAACUUGUAUCACUAAUGCAAUGUUGUAAUGUAUGCAGAGUCUUAAAGAUGUAAGUAUUAAAGUGAAGUUCUUCAUAGAGCAUCUGAAAUCUCUUAAGUGAUUUUUCAACCUUUGGGGUUGAUGUAGGUUGCCAGUUGGAAACAAGAAAUUUUAGUUUUUAUCCAUGUGUUUAUUUCAUACUUAUUGCACUGGGAGAGAAUUGUAGGGACCGAGAGAGUAUAGGGUGGUCCACAGCUACCUGGGGUAGCAAGGUUAAUGGGCAUCACUAUCUUUUCAUUUAGGCUUGUGGGGUCAGUUUGAUACGGACAUUCUUAAAAGAUUAUCAUGAAAGACUAGAGUUGUAUGGCCAGUACAUUUAGGGGCAGAUAGCAGUUUGUCUAUCAGAAAAGCAGUUUUCUCUGGAUUGCUAUGUAAAUUACCAUUACAAAGCUCUUUACAUAUAGAGAUGCUGCUUUCUAUAUCUGUAUUGGAAAAGCCCUAUGUAGAAUUAAGUUAUUUUCCUAGGAUGGACGAUACAUGAAAUAAACAGAAAAAAUCUGGAUGAGGUAUUGUUCUCUUCUUUAUUUAGUUUAGAAAAUCAUUUCUCUUUUUUUCUUUGCUGAGAAAUAUUUGAAUUAGCCAAAAAUAUAUGGAGGCAUUGCUGUUCUUUCCCACACAAAGAAGAGUAAGAUUUUAGCUGUGUGUUCUGAAGAAAGUUGUGUAUUUAAAAACUAUUAAAAAGGGAACAAAACUUUAUUUGAAAUUGAUUACUUGUUGUAGAGAGAUGGGGCUGCCAUAUGUUUAGGCCUAUCCAUUUGAUGGAGACUUAGUCCUCUGAGACCAUCUGGAGUCGGGUAUGGGGAGGUCUAAUUCCAUUAUCUGUGAGCCUCUUUUGCCAUCUCUUCUGGCAACUGACAGCGCUCAGCACAAAGCAGGUAUGGACAACAAAGGGUUAGGCAGCACAAAAUGCAUUUGUCUGCCAGGGAUUAUUACGGAAUGGAUAAUGUGUUUAUAAUAUGAAUAUUGUAUAUAAGAAAUUGAGGAAUUUUUUCUUUUU